ACUAAUUCGAGAACCACGUGCUCCUCUUCAUGUUUUGCCACAGUCACCGUUCAUCCUCGGCUGCAGCCUAAUCAUGGUUUCACUUAUAUAUAUACCUACGAACCUAUGAACGCAGAUCCCACCACACGUGAAAAUUUUAUAUAAUAAAUAUUUGACUGCCGCUCGAAAGUCAUGAGACGGAAAUCGGGUUUCUUUUUCCUUACUGAAGCGAUGAGUGUUCUCGCCUUGUCCUCAGCCCUGAAGUGCCACUGUGACUCAUGUGAAGACAACAACCUCACUUGUCAGACAAGUGGAUUUUGCAUGGCAACAUCAUCAUUUUCGGAGGAUAAGGUGCACACAGGAUACAGCUGUGCUGAUUCUAAAGGUGACCCCUGGCUUCAAAAUGUUCAUGAUACUCGCUGUGAGACUGGAGAGGCAGGUGCUGAUACCCGUGUAUACUGCUGUAAGACUCAGGACUUCUGCAACAAGCACCUGCCAUCAUACAUGAAGAUUGCAACUGGAAAUGGUGGUUUGCCUCUACUGAUGCAGCGGAGCAUUGCUUGUCAAAUCCAACUGGUUGAUGUGAUUGGAAAAGGACGUUUUGGAGAAGUUUGGCAUGGGAAGUGGAAAUCAGAGAAAGUAGCAGUGAAGAUCUUUUCUACACUGGAAGAGGAGUCUUGGAGACGUGAGGUGGAAAUCUAUCACACAGCCAAUCUUCACCAUGAAAGCAUUCUCACUUUCAUUGCUGCAGACAAUAAAGAUGAUGGUUUGAGAACUCAGCUUUGGCUUGUCACAGCAUAUCAUCCACUGGGAACUUUAUAUGAUUUUCUCUCUCAGAAUGUGAUCUCUUUGGUGGAAAUGAGGAAUUUAGCCAUCUCUCUAGUGUCUGGAUUGGCCUACCUUCAUAUGGAGAUAAUUGGAACUCGAGGGAAGCCUUCAAUAGCUCAUAGGGAUUUGAAAUCAAAGAAUAUCCUCUUGAAGUCACGUGAGAAAUGUGUAAUAGCAGACUUUGGCUUGGCCCUUCAUCAUUACUCUUAUACUGGAAACAUGGACCCUGUUGCUAAUCUCCAAGUAGGAACAAAGCGAUACAUGGCACCUGAAGUUUUAGAUGCCUCCAUCAGUUCCAUCCACUUUGAGUCCUUCCUGCAUGCUGACAUGUAUGGACUGGGACUGGUCCUAUGGGAGAUUGCCUCUCGAUGCAUUAUUGACUUCGUACCAGGACAGAGGGAGGCUUCUGUCUUCCUCACUUCUUCCCAAUUGGGAAAGAUCCAGCUUACAAAGAAGCGGCGACCUCCAGGUUGUAGAUUCGUAUCCCCAGUGAAACCUUGGAAAUGCUUGCCUUCAUCCAACUGGGCUAGUGCAUUCCAAAUACAAAGCUCUGAGAACCCGGAGUCUUGCUCUCUUCAAGUCCCAAUGCUCAAGUUUGCUGGUUAG